AUGGUUUCCUUUGAUGUCACGUCCCUUUUUACUUCUAUCCCGCAGGACCUGGCAGUCGAGACAAUCGAACUACUCCUACGAGAGAAGUACGACGAAACGGAGAAUCGCCUCGGACACGCCCAAAUCAUCCAGCUCCUGAAGUUCUGUCUCAAGACGUACUUUACAUUCGACGGAACAAUCUACGAGCAGGUGAAGGGAACGCCAAUGGGUUCGCCGAUUUCGGGACUCAUAGCCGAGGCGGUCCUUCAACGGCUGGAGUCGCUGGUUUUCCGACACCACAGACCGAAAUUCUGGGCUCGGUAUGUGGAUGACACCUUCGUCGUCAUCGAACGGGAUCAGGUGCUGACUUUCAAAGAACAACUCAACGCCGUCUUCCCGGACAUUCAAUUUACGAUGGAGGAGGAGGAAAACAAUCAGCUGGCCUUCCUGGAUGUCCUCGUCUGCCGCAAAGAUUGUGGUGGCCUAAAAACCAAAGUGUUCAGGAAAGCGACAAAUACGACGCAAAUACUGAACUUCAAUAGCAACCACCCGAUCAGUCACAAACGCAGUUGCGUAAGGGCGCUAUACCGGCGUGUUGAGACGCACUGCAGUGAAAUGGAAGACAAGGUUGCUGAAUUACAAUAUCUUCGACGGGUAAUGAGAGCCAAUGGCUACCCGCGCAACUUUGUCAACCAGUGCAUACGAAAAGGACACCAGAGACCAAAUCCAACUAGCCCCAAAUUUUGGCGGGCUCUUCCGUACGUGAAGAACGUCUCGGAAGCCGUCAGUCGUCUUCUCACUCCACUUGGAGUUGGGGUUGCACACAGGCCGGAAGCAACCAUUAGGCGCCAAGUAAUGAGGCCAAAAGACCCGCUGCCACGGCAGGAAACGUCUGGAGUCGUUUACCGGAUCUGGUGUAGUUGCGGACAAAGCAAUUAUGUCGGAGAAACUGGGCGAUUACUCCGUACGCGACUUGCCGAGCACGCAGCAGCAGUGAGGCGGGGAGACGCUAACUCUCAGGUGGCGGCACACUCGACGGGACCCGGCCAUAUUUUCAAAUUUCAAAAGGCCGAAAUCCUCGCAAGAGGUGACAACCGCGUGAGCCGCGAGCUGCUCGAGUCAUGGUUCUCAGGCCCGCAAUCCAUUAACAAACACAAUGACCUCCCGGUGCCCUAUUGCGUAUUGCGAUUUUCCCUGGGCAGGAGAAUCAGUCACGUGGGGAGGGCGCGGGUGAGCAAUUAUCACGGUGACAGUGAGCCAGUUUGCCGAGCAAUCGUCACACCAGCAUCGAGCACGGAUGACGAAAUCGCGGCAAUUAACAACUCGGACUCGGACCGCCAAGCCACCGCCGCAUCAAUUACGACCCCAGCGGCGAUUGUGAGAACUGUUAAUUGCAGCGCGCAUACGGUCCUACGGCAGCCACGUGCUAUAAAUACUGCACUCCUGGUGCCACAUUCACCUCUAUCUGCGAAUGUCUCUGAUGAUGGAUUCGAGUGA